AUGCGCCAGAAGCUAGGCCAGACAUCGCCAUGGAGAAGCAGUUCAACCGACGACACGGCGCCAAGCCAAGGAAGUUUGAGCCAGAUGACCUCGUUUACGCUCGCGACUUCCGCUCCGGACAACCCAGAUGGUCUCCUGGACGCAUUCUACUACGACACGGCCAACGCUCUACGACGUCCUAGUACAAGAAUCCAUCUGAAAGCGCCACGCCAAUCAACUACGCCCACGUGCUUCGCCGGAAGAUGCACGCAACCUAAUGGACGCCUUCGAUAUGCCGUUCAACUCCACACCAGUAUCGCCUUCAAGGACGCUGACGCCACCGUUGUCUCCGAUGGUCACGACUGCACCGUCUACGACAACGACAACCAACGACGACGACAACUACACCUUUGGAGCCUCCGACCACCGCACCCGGACGACGAUCGAGCCGCACUCGACGCCCUCCUGAUUACCUUCAGAUUGACCCGUACGCCAAGUCGUACCAGAGCCGGGAUAGUUAAUUACAUGCAGAAGGGGUGGCCAGUAAAGGUCAAGGAUGAUAAGCUGAAAUCAUAUGCCGUGAGGAAGACAGCCUCAUCAAUCCAUAAUGGCUGUAUGCUGGGGGGAUUCAGGGUGAUUAUCCCCAAGAAUUGUCAGCAAGUAGUGCUGAAAAUAUUGCAUAAUAGCCACUAUGGUAGGAAUAGGAUGAUUAGCCUGGCGAGAACUAAGAUAUGGUUCCCAGGCAUGGAUAAAGCGGUAGAAGAGGUGGCGGAGAACUGCAGCACAUGUGUAGUAAUGGGUAAAGAUCCGGUAUGUUUACCAUACCGGCCCACGGAGCAUUCUCUGGAGCGGCGGGAAAAUCCCACAGGCCGUUUCUCCAGUCAUUCUGAUCGCAGGGCCACAAGCGGCCCCAGCGGUACAGACACCUCGGUGACGGGGUGGCCGACGGUGGUGUGUGGCACCGCCGGCGCCCCAGAGAUCACGGGUUCGACGCCGCCCGCAGCGCAACAAUGGGCGGCUAUCCGCAAGCUGGACGAAGCCGUUCAGGGUCACGAAGGCGAAGCCGCCAACGCCGAUCAAGCCGCUCCAGUCGUAGCCGUAUGCGAAGCCGUCUACGCUGAUGCAGCCGCCCGAGCCGAAGCCGAACGUGAAGUGCCACAGCGUUCAAGACGCCAGUGGCGCUCAACCUGCGGAGGAGAAUUAAAAACGAUGCAGUAA